GGGACAAGGAGAGGACAGAGUGAACGACAGGGAAGAGAAGCUAAUUAAGAAAGGGUACUCCGAGGGAAGCGAGCUAGGGCAGUGGUCCGCUAAGAACCAACCGGCGGCGGCAAACCUUCCCUAGGCGCCAGGCGGUCCCCAACCUGGGCUGGAAAGUUGCCCUGCACAGGCAGCUGUUGCACCUCAUGUAAAAGGUCAAAGAUACAAAAAAAAAAAAAAUGAAGAUUUUUCAGCACAAGAUGCGGUACAGGCUGAUUCUGGCUUUUUUGGCGGUUGCUUAUUUCUGCACCAUCGUCCGGGGUCAAGUGGCUCCACCCACAAGGUUAAGAUACAAUGUAAUAUCCCAUGACAGUAUACAGAUUUCAUGGAAAGCUCCAAGAGGGAAAUUUGGUGGCUACAAACUGCUUGUGGCUCCAGCUUCAGGGGGGAAAACCAAUCAGCUGAACCUGCAGAACUCCGCGACAAAAGCCAUCAUUCAAGGCCUUCUGCCGGAGCAGAAUUACACAGUUCAACUUAUUGCCUACAAUAAAGACAAAGAGAGCAAGCCGGCUCAAGGCCAGUUCAGAAUUAAAGAUUUAGAGAAAAGAAAGGAUCCAACAAAGCCCAGAGUGAAGGCUGUGGACAAAGGAAAUGGAAGUAAACCAACUUCACCAGAAGAAAUAAAAUUCUUCUGUGAGACUCCAGCCAUUGCUGACAUUGUCAUCCUGGUGGAUGGGUCAUGGAGCAUUGGGAGAUUCAACUUCAGGCUGGUGCGGAAUUUCUUGGAAAACCUGGUCACAGCAUUCAACGUGGGCUCAGAGAAGACACGAAUUGGAUUGGCACAGUACAGUGGGGACCCCAGAAUAGAGUGGCACUUGAAUGCCUUUAACACCAAAGAUGAAGUGAUUGAUGCUGUCCGAAGCCUUCCCUACAAAGGAGGGAACACUCUAACAGGUCUUGCUCUGAACUUCAUUUUUGAGAAUAGCUUUAAACCAGAAGCAGGAUCAAGGAGUGGGGUUUCCAAGAUCGGCAUUUUAAUCACAGAUGGAAAAUCCCAAGAUGAUAUUAUCCCACCCUCUAGAAACCUCCGUGAAUCUGGUGUAGAGCUGUUUGCGAUAGGGGUUAAAAAUGCUGACCUGAAUGAGCUGCAGGAGAUCGCCUCUGAGCCGGACAGCACUCACGUAUACAAUGUUGCUGAAUUCGACCUGAUGCACACGGUAGUGGAGAGCCUGACCAGGACUGUGUGCUCCAGAGUAGAAGAGCAAGACAAGGAGAUUAAAGCCUCAGCCCUUGCUACUAUUGGGCCACCUACCGAGCUGAUUACUUCCGAAGUCACUGCCAGGAGCUUUAUGGUUAACUGGACUCACACCUCAGGAAAAGUGCAAAAAUACCGGGUUGUGUAUUACCCGACCCGAGGUGGAAAACCAGAGGAGGUGGUGGUGGAUGGAAGUGUAUCUUCGAUUGUGUUGAAAAACCUGAUGUCUUCAACCGAAUACCAGAUAGCAGUGUUUGCGGUAUCUGCGCACACAGCUAGUGAAGGCCUGCGGGGAACAGAAACCACACUGGCCUUACCCAUGGCUUCCGACCUGGAGCUGUACGAUGUGACUGAGAACAGCAUGCGAGUCAGGUGGGAUGCGGUGCCAGGCGCCACGGGAUAUCUGAUCCUCUACGCCCCUCUCACUGAAGGUCUGGCGGGAGAUGAGAAAGAGAUGAAAAUCGGAGAGACCCACACAGACAUUGAACUGAGUGGGCUGUUCCCCAAUACAGAAUACACGGUCACUGUAUACGCCAUGUUUGGAGAAGAGGCCAGCGAUCCCGCUACAGGACAAGAGACAACCUUACCCUUAACCCCACCAAGAAAUUUGAGAAUCUCCAAUGUUGGCUCCAAUAGUGCUCGGUUAACCUGGGAUCCCACAUCAAGAAAGAUCAACGGUUACAGAAUUGUGUAUACCAGUGCAGAUGGGACAGAAAUCAAUGAGGUUGAAGUUGACCCCAUCACUACGUUCCCUCUGAAAGGCUUGACCCCCCUCACGGACUACUCUGUUGCCAUUUUCUCCAUCUAUGAGGAGGGGCAGUCCCUGCCUCUCGUUGGAGAGUUUACUACAGAGGAAGUUCCCGCCCAGCAAUACUUGGAAAUUGAUGAGGUGAAGACAGACAGUUUUCGAGUCACCUGGCACCCACUCUCGGCUGAGGAAGGGCAGCACAAGCUGAUGUGGAUUCCAGUCUAUGGCGGGAAGACCCAGGAGGUUGCCCUAAAGGAAGAGCAGGACUCCUACGUGAUUGAAGGCCUGGAUCCUGGAACUGAGUAUGAAGUCUCACUGUUAGCUGUCCUCGAUGAUGGGAGUGAGAGUGAGGUGGUGACUGCUGUUGGGACCACACUUGAUGAUUUUUGGACAGAAACACCCUCAACUGUAGAACCUACCAGCCCUGUGACUUCAGUUCUCCAGACAGGAAUCAGAAACCUGGUUGUAGAUGACGAAACUGCUACUAGCCUGCGGGUCACGUGGGACAUUUCUGACAGCAAUGUGGAGCAGUUUAGGGUGACCUACCUGACAGCCCAAGGGGACCCUAUGGAAGAAGUGGUAGGAACGAUUAUGGUGCCUGGAAUGCAAAACAAUAUCCUGCUGAAGACUCUAAUUCCAGACACUGAAUACAAAGUCACAGUGACUCCCAUCUACACCACGGGAGAAGGUGUCAGCGUCUCUGCCCCUGGGAGAACUUUGCCAUCCUCUGGUCCUCAGAACUUACAGGUCUCAGAAGAAUGGUACAACAGAUUGCGCAUCACAUGGGACCCACCAUCUGCCCCCGUGAAGGGCUAUAGGAUUGUCUACAAACCUGUGAGCGGUCACGGUCAAACUCUGGAGACUUUCGUGGGUGCUGACAUUAACACCAUUGUUAUCACAAACCUCCUCAGUGGAAUGGACUACAACGUGAAGAUAUUUGCUUCCCAGGCCACAGGCUUCAGCGAUGCUCUGACUGGCCUCGUGAGAACACUGUUCCUGGGUGUGACAGAUCUCCAAGCCAAUCAGGUUGAAACAACAAGCUUGUGUGCUCGGUGGCAAAUACAUCGCCAUGCCACAGCCUAUAGGAUAGUUCUAGAAUCCCUUCAGGAUACACAAACACAAGAAUCCACCUUAGGAGGAGGUGUAAACAGGCAUUGCUUCUAUGGACUUCAGCCAGAUUCCGAAUAUAAAAUCAGUGUUUACACAAAGCUCCAGGAGAUUGAGGGACCAAGUGUGAGCAUCCUGCAAAGAACACAACCACCUCCCACGGAACCACCGACAUUCCCUCCAACCAUUCCACCAGCAAAGGAAGUAUGUAAAGCUGCCAAGGCAGACCUAGUAUUCAUGGUGGAUGGAUCCUGGAGUAUUGGAGAUGACAAUUUCAAUAAGAUCAUCAAUUUUCUGUAUAGCACUGUGGGAGCCCUGGACAAGAUUGGUGCAGAUGGAACUCAGGUGGCGAUGGUCCAGUUCACUGAUGACCCCAGAACAGAAUUCAAACUCGAUGCUUACAAAACCAAGGAGACACUUCUUGAUGCAAUCAGACACAUUUCCUACAAAGGAGGAAAUACUAAAACAGGGAAAGCUAUCAAGCACGUUCGAGAUACCUUAUUCACUGUAGAGUCAGGCACGAGGAGAGGCAUCCCGAAAGUUAUCGUGGUUAUAACUGAUGGGAGAUCACAAGAUGACGUCAACAAAAUCUCCAGGGAGAUGCAGGCCGAUGGAUACAACAUCUUUGCCAUUGGUGUGGCCGACGCCGAUUACUCAGAGUUGGUUCGGAUCGGCAGCAAACCCAGCUCACGUCACGUCUUCUUUGUGGAUGACUUCGAUGCCUUCAAGAAAAUUGAGGAUGAACUGAUUACUUUUGUCUGCGAAACCGCAUCAGCAACCUGCCCAAUGGUGCACAAGGAUGGAGUCGAUCUUGCAGGAUUUAAGAUGAUGGAAAUGUUCGGUUUGGUUGAAAAGGAUUUUUCUGCAGUAGAAGGAGUUUCUAUGGAACCUGGCACCUUCAAUUUGUUCCCGUGUUACCAAAUCCACAAAGAUGCUCUGGUUUCCCAACCAACCAAAUAUCUGCAUCCAGAAGGACUGCCUUCUGACUAUACAAUGACUUUCCUGUUCCGGAUUCUUCCUGACACUCCACAGGAGCCAUUUGCUCUCUGGGAGAUUUUAAAUAAAAAUUCUGACCCACUGGUUGGCAUCAUUUUAGACAAUGGUGGGAAAACUCUAACUUAUUUCAACUAUGACUAUACUGGAGAUUUUCAAACUGUCACUUUUGAAGGACCUGACAUCAGGAAAAUGUUCUAUGGGAGCUUUCACAAGCUCCAUGUUGUUAUCAGCAAGACUUUGGCCAAAGUGGUUGUUGACUGUAAGGAAGUGGGCCAGAAGGCAAUCAACGCAUCGGCGAAUAUCACAUCGGAUGGUGUGGAAGUACUGGGGAGAAUGGUCAGAUCAAGAGGACCCAACGGAAACUCUGCACCAUUCCAGUUACAGAUGUUUGAUAUCAUUUGCUCUACAUCAUGGGCCAGUAAAGACAGAUGCUGUGAACUUCCCGGCCUGAGGGAUGAAGAGUCCUGCCCAGACCUUCCACGUUCCUGCUCUUGCUCAGAAGCUAACGAAGUGGCUCUAGGACCAGCUGGUCCCCCAGGUGGUCCAGGACUCCGAGGACCCAAAGGCCAACAAGGUGAACAGGGUCCGAAGGGACCAGAGGGCCCUCGGGGAGAAACAGGUCCUGCAGGACCCCAGGGCCCCCCUGGACCUCAAGGACCCAGUGGUCUGUCCAUUCAAGGCAUGCCUGGUAUGCCAGGUGACAAAGGAGAUAAAGGAGAUGCUGGCCUUCCUGGCCCACAGGGUGUCCCUGGAGGUGUGGGUUCACCAGGACGUGAUGGCUCUCCAGGCCAGAGGGGAUUUCCUGGAAAGGACGGUUCCGCUGGUCCGCCAGGGCCACCUGGUCCAAUCGGCAUUCCUGGAGCUCCUGGUGUCCCAGGGAUCACGGGCAGCAUGGGACCACAAGGAUCCUUGGGGCCACCUGGUGUCCCUGGACCAAAGGGAGAGCGAGGUGAACGAGGAGACCUGCAGUCCCAAGCCAUGGUGAGGGCAGUGGCACGUCAAGUAUGCGAGCAGCUCAUCCAGAGUCAUAUGGCCAGGUACACAGCCAUCCUCAACCAGAUCCCCAGCCAUUCCACAUCCAUCCGGACCAUCCAGGGUCCACCUGGGGAGCCUGGGAGACCAGGUUCACCUGGGACCCCUGGAGACCAAGGACCUCCAGGUGCUCCAGGCUUCCCAGGAAAUGCAGGUGUGCCAGGGACCCCAGGAGAACGAGGUCUAACUGGUCUCAAAGGAGAAAAAGGAAAUCCAGGCAUUGGAACUCAAGGCCCAAGAGGUCCCCCUGGUCCAGCAGGACCUUCAGGAGAAAGUCGUCCUGGCAGUCCAGGGCCACCUGGCUCUCCUGGACCAAGGGGUCCCCCAGGCCACCUCGGAGUACCUGGACCACAGGGUCCUUCUGGCCAGCCUGGAUAUUGUGACCCCUCAUCAUGUUCUGCCUACGGUGUUGGAGUGUCCCAUCCGGAUCAGCCUGAGUUCACACCGGUCCAGGAUGAGCAGGAGGCCAUGGAUCUGUGGAGCUUGAGCAUCUGAUGGCCUCAGGAGACAUUUGAAGAGCAGUGGCGGGCCCUCUUCUGGAGCUUUACUUACAAAAUGUUGUCAUGUGGUUUGUAUGCUACUUUGCAGGGGGAGGCAAGGCUCAUGUCAUCAGCCGAUAUUUCCUCUAUAGAUAUCAUUAAUUAUUGUUUUAAAAAACUGUAUUUUUAAACCAUCCCUUUUUUUGUGACACUGUUGAAAUUUUGUCCCUUUGCUGUUUUAAUUGCAUGCCAGAUAAUUCGGCCUUUUUCCAAAGAAGGGUGCUGAGAGAAGAAUUGAAAAGGAGAAGUUGAACCCCAGAAUCUCUUCUCUGUUAGAUCAUUUCAAUUUACAAAAUAUAUAAGAGAUGUGUGGCUGCAUUGGAGGGAAUUGGGGCCCCAGUCAUGAAAGAGUGACUAUGGAGAUUCAUGGUUAAUGUCACUUACCCCAUACCCAGGGCAAUGACCUUGCUGAUAAUUAAAAUACCACCAUCAUUGAGGAAACUACCUCUUUUUUUUGUUUAAAAUAAUUGGUUCAAUUCUUAGAUCACUCAGUAACUGGUUUCGCGGGUAUUCAGAAAUAAAAGCUAGAAUAUAGCCUUUUUGGAUUUGAUAAUUUAAAAAAAUAGAUUGUUUUCCAAUAGUUUUUGAUCCAUGUAAAAUAAUGACUUCCUACCAACUCCAAUACAAAAGAGACCCUUUUUAUUAAAUGAAUAAUUUGUCCAGCAGUGUGUUUCGGGGCUUGCCUCCCCUUGACUACAGGGAUUGCUUUGUAAAUGCAGAUAUGUUUUUGAAGACUUGUUUUUAUUCUUUUUUAUAAGCAAAUAAAAAACUUAAAACAAUAUGUGUGGAUUCUUUUUAUUGUACUUCUGAAUGGCACCUUCAACUUUGGUAGUUUUAGUUGAGUGUCCACCUGAAAAGGAACAGCUCUGGUCCUAUAGGUAAGCUUCUAACUGUCACUCCUUCAUCCCUUCAUCUUCAGUGGAGUAGAAAGCUUGAAUUCAAAGUAGAAAGUCCACCAGAACUGAUGGACUUCACACAGAGUGCCUGGCAUCAUUUUAAUAUCAUAUAAUUUACCAGGCAGCGAAAGCACCAUAAAUGUACCAGUUCUGCUCAAUAACAUAGUGAUUGACCAAAGAACUCUUCUGUCUUCUAGUAUUAAGACAUUCCUAAAAACCUCUAGAAUAGUGGUUCUCAACCUUCCUAAUGUUGCAACCCUUUAAUACACUUUCUCAUGUUGUGCUGACCCCCAUCUAUAAAAUUAUUUUCAUUGCUACUUCAUAACCAUAAUUUUGCUACUAUUAUAUUCACUUCUGAUAGUCUUAGGUGACCCCUGUGAAAAGUUUAUUCAACUCCCCCUCCCCAAAAAGGGGGUUGCAACCCACUGGUUGAGAACAUCUGCUCUAGAUGGUAAAGAAGAAAUUAAACUGAAUCCCACAUACUCUAGCCCUUAAAUUAGAACUUCUCUUUUCUUCUUUUGAAGGAAAAUCAAAGUAUUAAAAAAUAUUUGAUUUUUGUCUUAGUAAGAGUUUCACAUCAGGACCACAGCAACUCUUACAAAGGAAAACAUUCAAUUGGACGGCUUGCAGUUUCAGAGGUUUAGUCCAUUAUGUUCAUUGUGGGGAGCAUGGCAGGGGGCAGGCAGACAUGGUGCUGUAGAAGGAGUUGAGAGUAGAGAAGGAGCUACAUCUUGAUCCCACAGGCAGCAGGGAGUGGUCUGAGAUGAUGGAUGUGGUUUGAGCAUAUAUGAGAUCUCAAAGCUCACCUCCACAGCGACACAUUUCCUCCAACAAGGCCACACCUACUGCAGCAAGGCCACGCCUCCUAAUAGUGCUACUCCUUUUGGGGACCAUUUUCUUUCAAACCACCACAAGUUCUACUAUUUGCUGGUUGAAAUUAGGAAAGAAAACCAUAUCUUUCUGUGAGUUGCCUGACCCUGCUAACAACCAUUUUAAGAAAGCUGGAUGUCUUUGCUGUGGGAUGUCUUUCUGUACACUGUGAGAUGUCUUUCUGUAAGCUGUGAAUAUAUGUGUUGCUCCCACUGGCUAAUAAAGAAAGCAGCUUUGGCCUGUGGCAAGGAAGCUUAGAGGCAGGUAGAAAAUCCAAGCAGAGACGAGAGAGAGAAGAAGGGCGGAGUCAGGGAAGACACCAGCCUGCCACCUAAGGAGUGACAUGUAACAGGUAAAGCCAUGGAACACAUGUCAAUACAUAGAUUAAUAGAGAUGGGUUGAAUUCAGUUAUAAGAGCUAGCUAGCAAGAAGCUUGAGCCAUAAGCCAUAAAGUUUGUAAUUAAUAUCAUGCCUCAGAAUAAUUAUUUUAUAAGCAGCUGCGGGACCACCAGUGGAAGAUAUUCAUCCCAACCUUGGGGCUGAGUGGGACCGGAGAAAUUUCCGGCUACGUGUCUUCAUUUACAACCAAAUGUAGGUUCUGUCUGGAUCAGGAAAAAGCUCGUGAGAAGCAGAGUGUUUGUUCGGUCACAACAUUUUCUUACCCUCUGUCCUCCUGAGAACCCCAUCACUUCCUUUGGUUUCUGUCACUAGAGAGAAGAAAUCUCCUUAAUAACAAAGGAUUCAACAGCAGCUUUAUGUGUGUGCCUCUGAGGACCCAGGCAAAUAGCUUUCUGGUAUAAAGGAAGAUGUUAAGUGAGCAAGUAGCCUAUAUCCAUCUUUAAGCCCUAGCUGAAAUUUACUGCAGAAAAAUAGGACCAGUGAGGAAGAGGAAUGCUUGAUAGCACACAGUAAAUCCACAUAGUCUGACCUAGAAUCCCGUGGGAGAACUCCUCCAACUUAUGUAACUGGGAAGGUGACACAUUGCUCCAUGACAGUUCUCUUUCAGGUUUCUCAGUCUGGGACAUUAAAUGGCAACUAUCAAGAUGGAUGUUCUGUAUGUUUUAGAUGAGUUAGGUGAGAACAAAUGUCUAAUACAGUGUCACUGCAAAGACCCAGUUUUUAUGGAUGAUGAAACCAUUAGAGGCUCCAAUCCAUUCUCGCCAUUCUUGGCUUUGAUUUUGCUUGGUGAUCUGAAUCCGCUUAUGUAAGCAACAGCAAGUCUCAUUUGCUUAGCGUGUGUCACCGCUUGGACCCAGUAUAUCAGCUUUAUAUUGAGUGAAAUGUUCAGAAUAAAAUGUGUAACUCGCCGGGCGGUGGUGGCGCACGCCUUUAAUCCCAGCACUCGGGAGGCAGAGCCAGGCGGAUCUCUGUGAGUUCGAGGCCAGCCUGGGCUACCAAGUGAGUUCCAGGAAAAGGCGCAAAGCUACACAGAGAAACCCUGUCUCG